AUGUCGAAUAACUAUGGCUCCAAUGAGACUAGGGGAUUUUAUCACGAUGAACUAGUAGAAACUUACAAUGCCACUGUGGGAAACUCGACGCAGAUGCAUACAGCUCCAUCAGAAGAUGCCAAUAAAUUACGUCAAGUACGUCUAAUAUUGGACCAUACAGCAUUUGUUCGAGGUAUUGGGAAUGUUAAGAGAUGGUUUCACGAGGAGUAUAUUAGCCAAAACUUUAACAAAUCGGCCGAUCCCAUCAAAUUGAACAUUUAUAUUCCAUCUUAUACCUUGCAUGAGUUUGAUUAUGUCAAGAGAGGAACCUCCAUAAGCGCAACUAAUGCCAGAGAAGCUAUCAAAUUUAUUGACAAUUAUUUGGAAAAUAAUUUAUUUGAUCAAAAAACAAGAGAAAAUCAGAAUGGGACAAACCAAGGUCUGCAAAGGAUCUUGUACAAUGUUAAUCUCGAGUCACCAACUGACGCAACUCCAUCAUGGAAUAAUUGUGCCAAAUACAAGCUUUACUCACCACUCAUCAAGGAUUUCCCCAACAUGAAAACGGAUUUCAAUGCAAAUGCAGUUGGGAACUCACCAGCACAAUCCGCAGAUGAUCACGAUUUGGCUAAUCAUGGAGACUACUCAUCAGAUUUUAAUGCAUCUUUUGCAAUCGAUUACGACUCCUUAGCUGAAAUGCCUUCGAGAUUGAAGUACCUUAUUAGGACAUGCAUAUAUAAGAGAUACAUUGAAAGAUACAUCCCAACACCAAAAAAUAGUAUCGAGGAGUGGAAGCUUGUUACGGAAGACCCCAUAACCAAAAUAUGGGCAAAAGCGUAUGGAAUAGAUUGUGUUAAUGUCAAUGAAGCCGAGUUACUAAUUUUUCAAAAUUAUGAUGUCAAUCUGUUCCGGAUAUACAAUCCAUUCUCAUCAAGCGAGGAUGAAUUCGAUCCUAGAAAUAAUAUUUUACAAAACAAGAUCGAUACCACUCUUUAUUCGUAUCAAAGCAUUAAACAGGAUCCUCCAAAAGUCAAUUUUAAAGGCAGGUCGAGAAGAAACAACAACAACAACAACAACAACAAUAAUGAAAAUAGCAACAACAAUAUUACUAAUAAAAAUAAGAACAAGAAUAAAAACAAUAAACAGAAACAGAAACAGAAACAAAACAAAGAGGAUGAUAAAACCAUUUGUGCAAAUAUAAAAGAAAGUAAGGAAAAGUCGCAAAAGAAAAAGCGUAUCCCUGUUGAUGGGGUUGUCCACGAAGAAAUCAACGACAACACUGGCUAUGGGUUGGUAAAGAAAGAAAAGUUUAAAGCUAUCAAUUAUGCACCAAGAGGAUCUGGAGAGCUCUGGAAACCAUAA